AUGAAGCCACCCUGGAAAAUCCUUAUGGCCACUCCUCUGUUCUUUCUCCUGACCCUUCACACCUUGGCCUCUCCAGCCUAUGACCACCAGCCCGGCACCAGACGCUCCAAAGGCCAAGUCUGUAUAGGGUGUGUGCUGGUGGUGUCUGUGAUUGAACAGCUUGCUCAAGUUCACAACUCAACGGUCCAGACCUCAAUGGAGAGACUGUGCAGCUACUUGCCUGAAAAACUGUUCUUGAAGACCACCUGCUAUUUAGUGGUAGGCAUAUUUGGACCAGACAUCAUAAAACUGCUCAGAGCAGAUGUGAAUGCUGAUGUGGUGUGUCACACCCUGGAGUUUUGUAAACAGGACCCUGGCCAACCCUUGUGUCACCUCUAUCCCCUUCCUAAGGAGACGUGGAAAUUGACACUAGAGAAGGCAAGACAGAUUGUCAAGAAAUCCCCAACUCUGACAUAUUCCAGAAGUGGUUCUGAUAUUUGUUCACUCCCAUUUUUGGCCAAGAUCUGUCAGAGGAUUAAAUUGGCUAUACAAAAUUCUUUACCAUUCAAAGAUGUAGAUUCAGACAAAUACAGUGUUUUCCCAACACUGCGGGGCUCUCACUGGCGAGGGAGAGACUGUAACGACAGCAACAAGAUGGCAUACCCAGGCAGAAGGCCAGACAACUGGGAUACACAUCAGGAUUCAAACUGUAAUGGCAUUUGGGGUGUUGAUCCAAAAGAUGGAAUUCCAUACGAGAAGAAAUUCUGUGAAGGUUCACAGCCCAGGGGAAUCAUUUUGCUGGGAGACUCAGCUGGGGCUCAUUUUCACAUCCCUCCCGAUUGGAUCACAGCUUCACAGAUGUCUUUGAAAUCCUUCUUCAAUUUACCAACAGCUCUUACCAAUGAGCUCGACUGGCCCCAACUCUCUGGCACUACUGGAUUUCUGGACUCCACUAGCAGAGUUAAAGAAAACUCUAUUUACCUUCGUUUAUGGAAAAGAAACCACUGCAAUCACAGGGACUACCAGAACAUUUCAAGAAAUGGUGCAUCUUCCCAAAGCCUGGAGAGAUUUAUAGAAAGUUUGUCUAGGAACCAGCUGUUGGACCAACCAGCCAUUGUCAUAUACGCCAUGAUUGGAAAUGAUGUCUGCAACAGGAGGAUUGAUCCCGUCCCAGAAAUGACCACUCCUGAAAAAUUGUACUCAAAGGUCAUGCAGACUCUGCAGUAUCUAGAUUCUCACCUGCCAAAUGGCAGCCAUGUUAUUUUAUACGGCUUACCAGAUGGAACCUUUCUCUGGGAUAAUUUGCACAGCAGAUAUCAUCCUCUCGGCCAGCUGAACAAGGACGUGACCUACGCGCAUUUCUACUCCUUCCUGAGCUGUCUCCAGGUCAGCCCCUGCCACGGCUGGAUGUCUUCCAAUAAGACGCUCCGGACUCUCACUUCAGAGAGAGCAGAACAACUCUCCAAUACGCUGAAAAAAAUUGCAACCAGCCAGAAAUUUACGAACUUCAAUCUUUUCUACAUGGAUUUUGACUUCCAAGAAAUCACGGAGGAGUGGCAGAGGACCGGAGGGCAGCCCUGGCAGCUCAUUGAACCCGUGGAUGGAUUCCACCCUAGUGAGGUGGCUUUACAGCUGUUGGCAGAUCGCUUCUGGAAGAAGGUGCAGCUCCAGUGGCCCCAGGUCCUGGGAAAGGAGAAUCCAUUCAACACCCAGAUUGAGCAGGUGUUUGGAGACCAAGGGGGGCACUAA